UAGCAAGGGGCGAGGUUACAGAUGACAAAAGUUGCUAUAAACUGAGCAUGUAAUGAAUGUAUACUAAUGCACAUUGUUUUGACAGCUACCUCGGUAAUCGCAGACAGACGUAACCAAAGAUGGCACCUGUGGAUCUUGCCAAAAUAAGUUCAAAUGGACUGAAAAACGCUGCGUCUGGGGAGAAUGUGGAACUGGGGUCACUGUGGCGAGAGCAGGCUGUCGUGCUGUUUUUUCUGCGGCGGUUUGGCUGUCAGAUCUGCAGGUGGACUGCCUCAGAGGUCAGCAAGUUGGAGCCGAGCUUGAAGGCUAACGGAGUGGCCCUGGUAGGUGUAGGGCCUGAGGAGAUUGGGGUUGAAGAGUUUAAGGCAGGAGGCUUCUUCAAGGGAGAUGUGUACAUAGACGAGAAGAAAAAAAGCUACAAGGACCUUGGUUUCAAAAGAUACAAUGCCCUAAGUGUGGUUCCAGCUGCCAUGGGAAAGAAAGUGCGAGAAGUCUCUUCAAAGGCAAGUGCUGAAGGUAUCCAGGGAAACUUCACAGGGGAUCUCCUGCAGAGUGGUGGCAUGCUUAUUGUGGCAAAAGGUGGUGAGAAGGUGCUUAUGCACUUCAUCCAGGAUUCCCCAGGAGACCACGUCCCUCUGGAAGAUAUAGCCAAAGCCCUGGGCAUCUCAGUCAGUGUGCAAGCCGGACAAAGGCCACAGUGCAACGAUGAUGUUUGCACAAGGUAGAGGACUUGAACUGCCUGGGAGAGAUGAGGACCACCAGCAGAGAACUGAGUUAUGGGACUCGUACAUUUUUUGGCUUUUUUCUUAAUAUGUGACUGACAUUAAGAAUUUACAAAAAAAAUAUUAUUACAGACAAUUAGAUUUUUUGAGGGGAGGUAUUUAAUUUAAGUGCUUUUUUAAUCAGAAGGAUUUAUUGAGUAAAGCCUAUUGAAAUGACCAUUAACAGCAGUGUAUUUUUGUACGUAGAUAUAUCCGUAAUGAAUUUUCACCUCCAAUCAUUCAAUACACAUUUCUAAGGAGGCUGUGGACCAAAGAAAGAUAUUUUUAAAACAUGAGAUUCAUUUUUGUUUACCUUUUAUUACUUUUACUACUGACUAUAUUUGCUGAUGUAAUGAAAUAUGAUUCCAUAACUUAGUUAAAUGUUGUCUGUAUAACUAUUAGUGUAAUUAAAUUACGCUUUUAAAAGUUUUACUAA